CAUUGUCAAUUUGUCAUACAUGAAAAUCAAUUCAAAGAUAUAAAUUAUUAAACUCAUCACCUGCUUGCUCUCAAAAUUAGUGUCCAACUUUUAGUAAAUAAAGUUGAAAUCAGGCAUACACAUGGAUAAGCUGCAGUUUGCUGUGAAGGUGGAAGAUGGGCGAAAAGGUGACCCGUCUGUUGGCCCGGUUUACCGAAAUCCUCUUGCAGAACAAUCUUUCCCACCUGUUGAUUCUCAGUUCAAGACCACUUGGGAUGUCUUUAGGUGUGCUGUUGAAAAGUAUCCUAACAACAGGAUGCUUGGAUGGCGUGAGCUCGAAAACGGAACGUGGGGGCCGUACGUUUGGAAAACUUACAAAAGUGUAUAUCAGGAAGUUUUGCAUGUUGCAAAUGCUUUUAGAGCUUCUGGCUUCCAACCUGGAUGUAAAGUCGGAAUUUAUGGAUCAAAUUGCCCUCAAUGGAUUGUAGCGAUGGAGGCUUGCAAUGCCCAGAGCCUCAUUUGUGUACCCCUAUAUGACACCCUUGGGGCAGGGGCUGUAAAUUUUAUCUUGGAGCAUGCUGAGGUUGAUAUUGUUUUUGUCCAAGAUAAAAAAGUUAAACAGCUACUGGAUCCAGAUUGUACGCAUACUAAACGGCUCAAGGCGAUUGUUUGUUUCACAUCAAUGGAGGAUAACGAAAAAGAAAUGGCGGAAUCCAUUGGGAUAAAAACAUUCUCAUGGAAUGACUUCCUUGAUAUGGGAAGCAAACAUCCGUCAGAGCUGCAGACACCUGAACCAACAGAUAUAUGUACUAUUAUGUACACAAGUGGCACCAAUGGAGAUCCAAAGGGUGUUGUCUUGACUCAUGAAAAUGCUACAACAAAUAUAAAUGGGGUUGAUCUUUUCAUGGAGCAAUUUGAGGACAAGAUGACCGAAGAUGAUGUUUAUUUAUCCUUCCUGCCUCUCGCCCACAUUCUUGAUCGUAUGAUUGAAGAAUACUUUUUUCGUAAAGGCGCUUCUGUUGGCUUCUUCCACGGGGAUAUAAAUGCUUUAAGAGAUGAUAUGAUGGAGCUAAAACCAACAUUUUUAGCUGGAGUACCUCGCGUUUUGGAACGGAUUUACGAAGGCGUGUUGAAAGGACUCGAAGAACUUAAUCCAAGGAGAAGGAAAAUAUUUGACAUUCUAUACAACUACAAACUUAGAUGGUUGAAAGCAGGUUAUAAGCAGAAAGAUGCAUCACCAUUUGCAGAUAUGCUGGCUUUUAGCAAGAUUAAGAACAAACUGGGCGGUCGGAUUCGGCUUAUAGUAUCUGGUGGAGCUCCAUUAAGCCCUGAGGUGGAAGAGUUCUUAAGGGUUACAUCCUGUGCUUUUGUAUUACAGGGCUAUGGGUUGACAGAAACUUGUGGUUUAGCAACGGUUGCAUUUCCAGACGAAAUGUGCAUGGUUGGGACCGUCGGUUCGCCCUUUGUAUACACGGAACUACGUCUAGAGGAAGUUCCGGACAUGGGUUACGACCCGCUGGCAUAUCCGCCACGUGGCGAAAUAUGUGUUAGGGGGAAAGCUCCUUUUGCAGGAUACUACAAGAAUCCAGAGUUGACCAAUGAGGUGAUGACAGAUGGGUGGUUUCAUACAGGUGACAUUGGGGAGAUAUUACCAAAUGGAGCAUUGAAGAUUAUUGACAGGAAGAAACAUUUGAUAAAAUUGUCACAAGGAGAGUAUGUUGCACUUGAGCAUUUGGAAAAACUUUAUGCCAUUACUCCCAUUGUUGAAGAUAUUUGGGUAUAUGGGGAUAGUUUCAAGCCAUCAUUGGUGGCGGUGGUCGUAGUGAACCAUGAUCAUGCAGAAAGAUGGGCACAUAAAAACGGGCAUAAGGCAACCUUGUUUGAGCUCUGUAAGCUGAGUCAACUACAGGAUUACAUUCUCUCUGAACUCAAAUCUACUGCAGAAAGAAAUAAGUUGAGAGGUUUUGAAACAAUCAAGCGUGUGAUCCUUGAAGCCGAAACAUUUGAAGGGGAAAAGGGUUUUUUGACACCAACAAUGAAGAAGAAAAGAGAUAGAUUGCUCAACUAUUACAAGGUUGAAAUCGAGCUUCUAUACAAAAAUUUAGGCGGGAACAAGUCUUAAACUAUCACUUCCAGCGUUGUCUUGAAAUACAGGACAUAGAAACAUCCUGAUGCAGUGAUAUAACCGAAGAUCAUAUGAAGAUUUGAAUAAUAUUUAUUUCCUUUAUUAUCGAGCCUAUUAUCAAUAAUCGUAUCUUUUAUUCAUUUGGUUUAGUCAUGUUUAUCUUUAAGGUUGUUAAGUUCCGGUAUAAAUAAGGUUUUAGGGUGAAUGUUUAAAGUUAGUUUUGAGUUUGAUGUUUCUUUGAAUAAAUAAGGUUUUAGGUUCCAAGUCUUUGAAUGAA